UGGGAAAGACUGACUCCGCAAGCUUGGAGUCUAUUUUGGGAGAUCUAAAGACAGACACGGGAUCGUUGCAACGCCCGGACGCGCGCCGGACGCCUAACUCCGCCAAACUCCGUCGGCGAGAAACAUAAAUGAAUCAGAUGGAUAUCGACUGAUCUAUCAUUCAUUCAUCCGCCAACCUACACGAUGGUAGGAAUUCACACCCAAAUUCAGUCCCCUCUGGAUGCGGAGCACUCGACCAGAGCUUCGAAUACUCAAUCAGCGCAUCUCCUCCACUCCCCCGGUGGAAACGACUCUCCACACCUGCCACAAAUCAUCUCCCAUCGAGGAUACAAAGGCAAAUUCCCCGAGAAUACCUUCGCAGCAGUCCAAGGCGCCGUCCAAGCCGGGACUCAAGCCCUAGAGAUCGAUCUGCACCUCUCCCGAGAUGGAGUCCUCGUACUAUCCCAUGACCCAAGUCUCCAGCGAUGCUAUGGAGUCAAGAAAAAGAUCGCCGACUGUGACUGGGCAUACCUCAAAACUCUGCGCACCCUACAAGCACCCCACGAGCCCAUGCCCAGGCUAGUCGAUAUCCUCGAAUAUCUACAGCAACCAGAACUAGAUCAUAUAUGGGUCCUACUCGACAUCAAAGUCUCCAACGACCCCGAAACGAUAAUGCACCGCAUCUCCCAAACAAUCUCCUCGGUGCCACCCUCCCCAACAAGCCGGCCCUGGCAUAACCGCAUCGUCCUCGGCUGCUGGUCCGCAGCCUACAUUCCCUUCCGCAACAAAUACCUCCCCACCUACGAAUUAUCCUUAAUAUGCUUGUUCGACCUAAAACACGCCCGCCAAUUCUUGCACACCCCCAACAUAUCCUUUAACGUCAACCGAUUAAUCCUAAUGGGUCCAUUAGGGCGGGGCUUCUUAGAGGAAGCGCGCGCCGCGCAGCGCAAGGUGUUCUUGUGGACGGUCAAUGCGCCGAAUUUAAUGCGGUGGGGGAUUCGGCAAGGUGUGCAGGGGAUUAUCACUGAUGAUCCGGCGCUGUAUGGGCGAGUUCGUGACGCGUGGGAGGCGGAGAAGAGUGGAAAGGACAAGGAUGGGGUAUUAGUUAAUCCAGAGUUGGUUGUUGAUGAAUUGAGUUUUCGGCAGAGGGUGCAGAUCUGGUUGGUGGUUGUUAUUGUGGUGUUGUUUGGGUGGAUACUGAAGCGGAAGUAUCAUGUUGGUGUGAAGAGGGUGCAGAUCGAGAGGAAGGAUGCGUGAUGGGAUGAUUAUGCCUUGAUCCUUGCGAAAGUCAAGUGAGACGAUUACCCUACUGCAAAUACA